AUGGCCAUGGCCCCGGGCAGCCGCUGCUGCCUCCUCCUCCUCCUCCUCCUCCUCCUGGCCGUCCUGGGGGCCCCGGCGCUGGGCGACCCCGGCCCUUUGGAAGACGUGGUGAUAGACAGAUACUAUAUCCCCAAAAUCUGCCUGCGGGAGGCGCAGAUGGGGGAUUUCAUUCGCUACCACUACAAUGGGACCUUUAAAGAUGGCAAAAAGUUUGACUCCAGCUACGACAGAGGGGCCACGGUGGCCGGCGUGGUGGGCGUCGGGCGGCUGAUCACGGGCAUGGACCGGGGGCUGCAGGGCAUGUGCGUCAACGAGCGGCGCCACCUCAUCGUGCCACCCCACCUGGGCUACGGCAGCAUCGGCGUGGCGGGGCUGAUCCCCCCAGAUGCCACCCUGUACUUCGACGUGGUCAUGCUGGACAUCUGGAACAAGAAUGACAAGCUGCAGAUCACCACCCUGUCCAAACCCGAGCGCUGCAACCGCACCGUGGAGAACUCGGACUUCGUGCGGUACCACUACAACGGCACCCUGCUGGAUGGGACCCCCUUCGACUCCAGCUACAGCAAGGGCAGCACCUAUGACACCUACGUGGGCACGGGGUGGCUGAUCAAGGGCAUGGACCAGGGGCUGCUGGGGAUGUGCGCUGGGGAGAAGAGGAGCAUCAUCAUCCCCCCGUUCCUGGCCUAUGGGGAGAAGGGCUACGGGACGGUGAUCCCGCCGCAGGCGUCGCUGGUGUUCAGCGUGCUGCUGGUGGAUUUCCACAACCCCAAGGAUGGCGUCUUCCUGGAGCACCUGGAGGUGCCAGAGACCUGCAAGCGCCGGGCUGUGACCGGGGACUUUGUCCGCUACCACUACAACGGGACACUCAUGGAUGGGACCCUCUUUGACUCCAGUUACUCCCGCAAUCAGACCUACAACACCUACAUUGGGAAGGGCUACAUCAUCCCUGGCAUGGAUCAGGGGCUGCAGGGCGUCUGCAUUGGGGAGCACCGGCGAGUGGUCAUCCCCCCACACCUGGCCUACGGGGAGAACGGCGCAGGGGAUAAAAUUCCCGGCUCAGCCGUGCUCAUCUUUGACGUUCACAUCAUCGAUUUCCACAACCCCGCGGACCCGGUGGAGAUCGAGACUGUGUUCCGGCCCGAGGGCUGCAAUGUCACCAGCCGCCACCGCGACUUCGUGCGCUACCACUACAACUGCUCCCUGCUGGAUGGCACCCGGCUCUUCUCCUCCCAUGACUACGAGAAGCCCCAGGAGGUGACCCUGGGGGCCAACAAGGUGAUUGAGGGGCUCAACAGUGGCCUGCUGGACAUGUGUGCAGGGGAGAGGAGGGUGCUCAUCGUGCCCCCACACCUGGGCCACGGGGAGAGCGGAGCCCGGGGCGUGCCUGGCAGCGCCGUGCUGCGCUUCGAGGUGGAGCUCAUCUCCAUGGAGGAGGGCGUUCCUGAGGGCUACCUCUUCAUCUGGCACGGGGAGCCACCAGCCAACCUGUACGAGCAGAUGGACCUCAACAAGGACGGGGAGAUCCCUGCUGAGGAGUUCUCCACCUUCAUCAAGAGCCAGGUGGCAGAGGGGAAAGGCCGCCUGAUGCCCAGCUCUGACCCGGAGAAAGUCAUUGCUGACAUGUUCCAGAACCAGGACCGCAACCAGGACGGGAAGAUCACGCCCGAGGAGCUGAAGCUCAAGUCGGAUGAGGACCAGGAGAAGAUUCACGAGGAGCUCUGAGGGGCAGCCCCUGCUGUUCUGGAGACAGGACUCAUCCUUGCCAUG